CCACAAUCGCCCCGAUAAGGCUCCUUCCUCACAGGAUGCGUAUGAUGACGGCCGCACAUUGGGUGCUGCAAGGCAAUGAAUAAGUCGUCCAACGAUCGCCCGUGAUUGGGAGGGCAGCAGACGGGUGGCGUUCUUGACCUGGUCAGAUGUGGCUGGUGACCCCCGAGCCCUCGGCUAACUCCAUCUUCUCUCAACAACCACAUACCAGAACUGCGUCUCUUUGCAUACAGCGAUGCUUGGGGGCUGUCCAGGUCUACUCCGCCAUUGAGUACUUGCAUCGCCCUGAUUAUAUGCAAUGCAUGCUGUUCCAGGGGCUUCGGAAAGGUCCGAGAGUGGCGAGCCGGGCUCGAAGCGGUGGUGUAAGUCGAGGGACGCACCGCAGGCCCAUCAACCCCAGGUUCCUCUGACCCUGGAACACCCGCUAGAAGCUCCACAGCUGGGCUCUGCGGCCUCACAUGGCUACUGAUGUUCCCGCUUCAGUGGUGGGUCUUUUUGAGGGAAACGAGGCAGCAUGCUCAUUCCAAGGAAUAAGUUUCGCGAUCUGGUCGCACUGCAGUUCUGUACCGCCCUGCGAUCUACUUUGUGGGCUGGCUGUCACAGUCCUCAAUAUCCGGGACGUGUCCUUGGCCAGCCCUCGGAACCAAUCAUUGUAUACUAUUCCUUCAAGGACCAGCUGCGAGCCGCGUGCCACCUUCCAGAACAUUUCCAUGGUGUACAUGGCAGCGAGCUGAGAUGGCUUGGCACCCCUGGCUGGACUGGAGAUUACCUGGAUCGCCACACCGAGACAGUGUGGUGUGUUCAAAUCAAGCCCACGGGGAGCCACGAUCAAAUCAUGUCGAGAACUAUCCACCUGGUCUCCAAACGGUUGCAUCCUGGAGCCGCAUGUCUGUCUCCAAGGCUUGCCUGCUCAUCUCAAGGUGAUUCGCAGAUUUGCGCGUACCCCAAGGGGCUGCCUCCUAGCACUCCCCCCCUUUGCGGCUUACAGGUCACAAUCCUUGUCGACACCAGGUCUACAUGUGGCAGGCCCCGUCCAUGCAUGCAGGGUGGGCUACACGCCGUAAGCCCUCUCCAUACGAGGGCUACAUGCGAAAGCCCGACCCGCAACACCAAUGUGACCCCUGAUGCAACGGGUCUACACGUUGGCGUUCCCCGAGGCCCCUCAUACAUUGAGCAAUUUAGUUCAAUUCCCACGUAAAUGAGCGCGACUGGGGUCGACAUCCUGCAGCAGCGAGGACUGGGAUCGGCGGCUGACAACAAGGAAGGAGAACAUGUGUGGCGGGAAUACCUUGGCCAUCCACUGCCAGGGAUUCGACAGAACUCGCUCGUCCAAGCCAAGAGCAGGCAGGUGUUAUUUCUCAGCAAGGCUCGGUGGCAUUAUCCAAGUACUCUAGACUUGCUCCCUCCUAUCUGGCCGACAGACCGUUUGCCGGGCGCACAAAGUCUGCCUCCUGCCUUCACCUCCAUGAGUUGGAUCUGUGGCAUUCAUAAGAACAUGUCUCCCACAUCAACAUGAACGC